ACCUUCAUCAAGAUUGCAGACCUCUCCUAUGGCAAAGAGAACGUGCCAGUACCCUGUGUGAACUGUGUGGACAAUGAGACGCCCACCUACGUGGAGUACAUUCCGCAUCGCCAGCCUGUGGGCAAUGUUCAAAUUAACACAGACUCCGACUUCCUGGUGUGUUGCGACUGCACCGACAACUGCCGUGACCGCUCCAAAUGUGCCUGCCAGCAACUGACCAUUGAGGCAAGCUCCUUCACUAGCGCGAGGGGAUUGGUGGACUUCUCCAUUGGUUACCGACAUCGUCGUCUCUCACAAUUCACAAUGGGCGGAAUCUAUGAGUGCAACAAGAACUGCAAAUGCGACCGCCGUUGCGGCAAUCGUGUCGUCCAGCUCGGAGUCUGGGUCCGUUUACAAGUCUUCAAAACCAACCGAAAGUAA